AUGCCAAAUGUACUAUUGAGAAAACUCUCACUUUCAGAAGCAAUGGAGGCAUUGAAGAUGAAGCUUUUCUUUGUUGCCAUGGCCAUGUUGAUCAUGGCAGCAUCAGCUGCAGAUUCACCGGCUCCAAGUCCCACCUCCGACGCCACCACCAUGUUCGUGCCAACUUCUGUUGCUUCUCUUGUUGCUCUUGCCUUUGGCUUUCUCUUCUGA